UUAACCCUAAGUCCGCGUUAUCUGCUCCUAUUUUCCUCUUUUCCGUUUCCCCCAAAUUGAUUGUCGCGCGCUAGUUCUGCAAUGGAUGCUCUUCAAUCAAGCUACAUGGAUUCCCCAUCUCAACCGCAAUCUGAAUCCCAACCGCAGCCUCCAUCUUCCGUUGAUUACGAGAACCAUUCCUACUCGGACAAUCAAAUCCAAUCCGAGAGCCUCGACAAAACCCUAGAUUCGUCGAACCAGACUGCUCAGAACGGAGCAAUUGCCGCAGGCGAAUCGUCACACCUUCCGAGGUCGGAUUUAUUGAAGCCUUUGUUGCCGGAGAAUGGUUUGACCAACACGCACAGCGGCGGCGGCGGCACCGAAAAGGACGCUUCCGGCGGCGAGGAGGAAACCACCAGCCGAAGGAAGCGCCGUUCUCGGUGGGAACCGUCUCCGAUCGAGUCCACCAACGAAAGCGCCGCCGCAGCCGGAGGAGCUAGCGACGGCAAUUCCGAGGCCGGAGGAAGGAAACGCAAGUCUAGAUGGGCGGACGACGAGCCCAAACCUGCGAUCCAGUUGCCGGAUUUCAUGAAGGAUUUCACCGGAGGUAUUGAAUUCGAUCCUGAGGUUCAAGCUUUGAAUAGCAGAUUACUUGAGAUUAGCCGCAAAUUGCAAUCCGGUAUGCUUUUAGAUGAUCGACCUGAGGGCGCUAGGUCGCCCUCGCCGGAGCCUAUCUAUGACAACAUGGGAGUGAGAAUUAACACACGGGAGUACCGUGCAAGAGAGAAAUUGAAUAGGGAGAGGCAAGAGAUUAUCUCACAGAUAAUUAAGAAGAAUCCAGCCUUCAAGCCUCCUGCAGAUUACAGACCUCCUAAGCUUCAAAAGAAGCUUUACAUUCCAAUGAAAGAGUACCCUGGUUAUAACUUCAUUGGUUUGAUAAUUGGUCCAAGAGGAAACACGCAGAAGAGGAUGGAGAAGGAGACGGGGGCGAAGAUCGUAAUUAGGGGGAAAGGAUCGGUGAAGGAAGGGAGGCUGCAACAGAAGAGGGAUUUGAAGCACGAUCCAUCCGAGAAUGAGGACUUGCAUGUUCUUGUGGAGGCAGACACACAAGAAGCUCUUGAAGCUGCCGCGGGUAUGGUGGAGAAGCUUCUGCAGCCUGUCGACGAGGUUCUUAACGAGCACAAGAGGCAGCAGCUUAGGGAGCUUGCAGCUUUGAAUGGUACCAUUAGGGAUGAGGAGUUUUGUAGGUUGUGCGGCGAGCCCGGUCAUCGUCAGUAUGCCUGCCCGUCGCGAACUUCUACGUUCAAGAGCGAUGUUUUGUGUAAGAUUUGUGGUGAUGGCGGCCAUCCGACGAUUGACUGUCCGGUGAAGAACACGACCGGAAAGAAAAUGGACGACGAGUAUCAGAACUUUCUGGCUGAACUCGGCGGUACCCUCCCGGAGUCGGCUACCAAAUCUAGCUCUGCAACACUUGCCCUUCCGGGUACUGCAGGAUCGAACCCCCCUUGGGUAGGUGGUACUAGCGUGACUAGUACUACAACCCAAGCUGGUUCGGGGGCGAGUUUAAUCAAGCCGAAAGAAUACGAUGAAACGAAUCUAUACAUAGGUUAUUUGCCUCCUAAUCUGGAGGAUGAUGGUUUGAUUGGUUUGUUUGCGCCGUAUGGUGAAAUUGUCAUGGCAAAGGUUAUCAAGGAUCGGGUGUCGGGCCUGAGUAAAGGUUAUGGUUUCGUGAAAUAUUCGGAUGUUCAGCAGGCUAAUAAUGCCAUUGCAGCCAUGAAUGGACACAAACUGGACGGAAGAACAAUUGCUGUUCGGGUGGCGGGUAAACCUCCCCAGCCUGCAGUGCCGCCGGGCCCUCCUGGUCCUCCCGUGCCGCCGUACCCCGCUCCGAGUCAGCCUGUCGGUGUCUACCCUUCUCAGCAGUACAAUGCUGGUGGUCCUAUCGGAAGUGCACCCCCCGGGAGCUAUGCUGGGGGUCCUGUUCCUUGGGGACCUCCCCCUCCCCCCCCACCCCCUUCGUAUUCCACAUACCCCCCUCCCCCACCCCCUCCGGGAUCGGCUAUAUACCCCCCAGUUCCGGCUCCUCAAUUUGGAAUUCAAUAUCCUCCUCCUCCUCCGAUGCCUCCAGGUUCGUCUAGUGCAUCGAUGCAAACUGUUUCAUCCACUGAUACACAACAUAGUUAUGCUUCCAGUGGUGAGCAGCAGCAAAGUUACCCGCCUGGAGUGCAGUUUCAGAGUAGUGCGCCCGUCCCAUCUGUGCCGACCUAUGUCUAUGGAAACUCAGUGGCUUCAAUGCUGCCAAGUGCGCAGCCCCAGCCCCAGCCCCAGCCCCCGUACCCGACACCCCCACCUCCAUAUAGCUAUCCACCCUAUUAUGGUGCUGUUCCUCCUCCUCCCCCUCCUGCUGCCCCUCAGCAAGGUGUUGACCCUUCCCAUGGCUUGGGUAAUGUUCCCUGGGCCACAAAUCCGCCAGCGCCGCCGGUUGUUGAGAAAAGUAACUAUGGCGGAGACUCUGAGUAUGAGAAGUUCAUGGCAGAAAUGAAAUGAUGAUGAUGAUGAUAUUCUUUACUUUAUAAAUGAGGUAACCAAAGUCUCUCCUUUUAUAUUUGGCCUUUGAUUUUUAAUAGCUGCAUUUUGGUAUUACGAAACAUAUUGCCUAACAUAUAUAUUAUAUGUCGUACUAAUUUAUACUUUUCUGGGAAGAUUGAGCCUGCCAAGUCUGAGGUGAAAUUUCAUUUUCAGCUAUCCAGUGGAAGUAUUUGUUGUUAGUUAUAUGGAAGUUUUGAUACCAGUUUCUCUUUCUUAACUUUUUCAUGAGAUUCGAUUUUAUAAUACCAGUUAAAAAGGUAAAUGGGUAUAUUCAAUUUUCAGGAAGUUACUCUUAUUCUCAUAUAUGUUCAAGAGAAAACCACUGAUCUUGUUAUAUUAAGUCAUUAAUCAUGCAGGAUGACAACUAAGCUAUCUUUUUAGGGUUUCUAUGUCCCCCUCGACGUCAUUUGUUUAAAUUUAAUGAGAAAGUCUGCAUGCCAGAGAUAUUUUAAGGAACCUUUUGAUGAAAUGUUACUCUCUCAUUUGAAAUUGUUUGAGUCUGUGCAGACAGACACAUUCUGACCGAUACGUCAAUCUGUGUUGCAUAUGGGCAGUUCCUCUACCAUCUGUUGGAGUGCCAGCCUCCUAUGAGCUUAUUUAUUUGUUGUUUUUUUACUGAUCUGACUGACUGUGCAGUUGCUCAUUAUUUUAAGUGACAUGCUGAUGAUUAUUUGACAUAUCAUAACACUUGUUUCUUUGGCAUUAUGUAAUAUCUUGACAGGCUGCUUGUUGGAGCACUUGUCAUCCUGAUUUCUUCUUAACCCUUGCCAUGAUUUAGUUGUUGGAAGUUUGGGACUCACGUAACGUAACCUUGCUGUACUGUUACCUUGCAGAGAGUCGAUGACAAUCAGUAUCAGCCAUGUCUGUUGCACUGCAGCUUCAUAACUUGUCUAUUAUCGAUUCUCUCUUUUGUAGGACUAUUUAUUAGUUUCUGGAUCUCAUCUCCUUGGUGCUUCUCUUUCUCGCGGAAUCUAAUUCUCUAAAAUAAUGUGCUCUCCUCCUCCUCAACUUUUUAGUGUCUAUUACUGAUGAUUCCCGGUGUUGACUGCCGCAGUAUUUGGGUGUAAUUGCAAUUAUUUGUUUCCUGUGACUCUGAGCUUGAUGGAUGGCGCAGACGGCAGGUGGGAUCGAUGGAUGGAUAUGAUAUAUAGGUUGAACUAACAGUUCCCAUAAAUCUUGGCUUUCGAUUUCAGCUUUACAUAGUUCUUUGGAGCUUACCACUGGACUUCGAGUUCUUCUGCAUUGGAGGAAGAUAGAUGCUUUGCUUGGCCCUUAAAGAAACCCCAGUCCAGUCCAGUCCCGACUAUUAUUAUUACUACUAUUAUUAUUAUUGCUAGUAGUAGUAUUAGUAUUGUUUUCAAAUUAUUAUUGUACUAAAAAAUCACUUUUAAGCUAUCUUUUUCAACCAUUCAAUACUGCAGUUAAAUGAAAAUAUGGUAGCUUUUGCUGGUUUUAUUUGAAAUCAAAGUUGUGAGUCUAUAAA